AUGUCAAAUCGUAGUAUAUCCAGUAACGACGUAAAUGGGGCUGGAACUUCAAGUGAAGGCUCCUCGGCAGGUGUUCCUCGGGCGAGGGCCAUCAGAAAGAACGAGUGGUUAUCAGAACUUGAGUUGGAAAUAAUUAAAAGGACAAUAGAAGACGAAGUGCAGAACGAGCAUGGUAGUAUCGAAGACACGGCACAGAUUGAAAUUGUGAAUGAGGAAACAGUGAUCAGAAACGAUCAGGAAAUCAACAAUGUGCAGUUUGACCAAGAACAGAGACAGAUUAUUGAGCAGCUGAAAAAAAUAAUGGCAGGUGGAAGAACAACUGAAGAGAUAAUGAUGUUUAAUGUUGAUCAAGAGAAGGUAUACAAUGAACUGAAUGGAGGUGGAAAUAGUUUAAAUGAUGUGCCAGAUGCUGAGGAGAGUAGGAGGUUUUGGGGUGAUAUUUGGAGUGUUGAGAAAGAAUAUAAUUCUGGAUGGAUAAAGGAUCUAAAGAAUAAGAGUGAACACUUUCAGAAAAGUAAAGAUGUAAAGAAACAGUGUCGGAAGAUCCCGCAUUGCAGAGCACCAGGGAAGGAUGGUUUCCAAAGAUAUUGGUCUAAAAACCUCAAUAAAAUUUAUAUGAGAAUUGGUUGCCAGCUGAAUAAGAUCUUGGAGGGUGAAGAUCAUUUGCCUACAUGGAUGACAUAUGAUCGUACAGUAUUGUGCCAAAAGGACCCUGCGAAAGGUAAUGCAGUGGGAAACUAUCGCCCUAUUACGUGCCUCUGUCUCAUGUGGAAGCUCUUGACAGGAAUGAUAGCAGAAGAGAUGUACACCUAUUUAGAAAAAGAGAACCUUCUGCCAGGAGAAUGA